AUGGCUUUCCACGUGGAGGGGCUGGUCGCCAUCGUCCUGUUCUACCUGCUCAUCCUGCUGGUGGGCAUUUGGGCUGCCUGGAGGACCAAGAACAGCGGCAGCACCGAGGAGCGCAGCGAGGCCAUCAUCGUGGGCGGCCGCGACAUCGGGCUGCUGGUGGGUGGCUUCACCAUGACAGCCACCUGGGUUGGAGGCGGGUACAUCAACGGAACAGCAGAGGCAGUAUACGUGCCGGACCACGGCCUUGCAUGGGCCCAGGCGCCCAUCGGAUAUGCGCUUAGUCUGGUUGUAGGUGGUCUGUUUUUUGCCAAGCCUAUGCGCUCCAAGGGCUAUGUGACCAUGCUGGACCCAUUUCAGCAGAUCUACGGGAAGCGCAUGGGCGGCCUCCUGUUCAUCCCGGCACUCAUGGGAGAAAUGUUCUGGGCUGCAGCGAUUUUCUCUGCCUUAGGUGCCACCAUCAGCGUGAUCAUCGACGUGGACAUGCACGUGUCUGUCAUCGUGUCCGCGCUCAUCGCCACGCUGUACACGCUGGUGGGCGGCCUCUACUCAGUGGCCUACACAGACGUUGUGCAGCUCUUCUGCAUCUUCCUCGGACUGUGGAUCAGCGUCCCCUUCGCCCUGUCUCACCCCGCGGUGGCCGACAUCGGGUUCACGGCAGUGCACGCAAAGUUCCAGGAUCCCUGGCUGGGAACCAUCGAGCCCUUCGAGGUCUACACCUGGCUGGACAACUUCCUGCUGCUGACGCUGGGCGGAAUCCCGUGGCAGGCCUACUUCCAGAGGGUGCUGUCCUCGUCCUCGGCCACCUACGCUCAGGUGCUGUCCAUCCUGGCCGCCUUUGGGUGCCUGGUUAUGGCUCUCCCGUCCGUGCUCAUCGGUGCCAUCGGGGCCUCCACAGACUGGAACCAGACCUCGUUUGGGGCGGUGAAUCCCAAGGACAAGGGCGAGGCAGACAUGAUCCUGCCCAUCGUGCUGCAGUACCUCUGUCCCGUGUACAUCUCCUUCUUUGGCCUGGGUGCGGUGUCUGCCGCCGUCAUGUCCUCGGCCGACUCAUCCAUCCUGUCGGCCAGUUCAAUGUUUGCACGGAACAUCUACCAGCUCUCCUUCAGGCAAAACGCAUCAGACAAAGAAAUUGUCUGGGUCAUGCGAAUCACAGUCUUUGUGUUCGGAGCGUCUGCUACGGCCAUGGCACUGCUGACCAAGACUGUGUAUGGGCUCUGGUACCUCAGCUCCGACCUGGUCUACAUCAUCAUCUUCCCGCAGCUCCUGUGUGUGCUCUUCAUCAAGGGGACCAACACAUAUGGGGCAGUGGCAGGGUAUGUGGCUGGAAUCUUCCUGAGAAUAACAGGAGGGGAGCCCUAUCUGUACCUGCAGCCUCUGAUCUUCUACCCUGGGUACUACAUGGACAACGGUAUUUAUAACCAGAGGUUCCCAUUCAAGACCCUCGCCAUGGUGACCUCCUUCCUCAUCAACAUCUGUGUCUCUUAUCUGGCCAAAUACCUGUUUGAAAGUGGAACAUUGCCACCAAAGCUGGACAUGUUUGAUGCUGUUGUCGCAAGGCACAGUGAAGAAAACAUGGACAAGACAAUUUUGGUCAGAAAUGAAAAUAUUAAAUUGGAUGAACUUGCACCCGUGAAACCGCGACAGAGCCUAACUCUGAGCUCAACAUUCACCAACAAAGAGGCGCUCCUCAAUGUGGAUUCCAGCCCAGAAGGGUCGGGAACUGAGGACAAUUUACAAUGAUCUCUCCUGCUGCUGCUUGUCCAAACAGAGCACGGUAGGAAGGUAGUCCUAGGAAGGUGGUUUGUGACAUAUAAAGUAUAUAUUAAAAUAUAAAUAGAGU